CCACUAUUCCUCCCACUGACACUAAUGAUGGCAUUCCCAUCAUUGGUGUCACUGACUAAUUGAGGAGAAAUAGUGUCCCAUCAUUGGUGUCAGUGGGAGGAAUAGUGCCCCAUCAUUGGUGUCAGUGGAUGAAAUAGUGCCCCAUCAUUGGUGUCAGUGGGAGGAGUAGUGCCUCAUCAUUGGUGUCAGUGGGAGGAAUAGCACCCCAUCAUUGGAAUACCAUACUGAAGUAGCAUACCAUAUUGAAAUCAAAUCUGAUGUUUUUUCAUUUUUAUUUGGUGUGUGUUGGAAGAGGGACAUUUCCCCCCCAAGUGUGUCUUAUGGAGCGAAAUAGUGCCCCAUCAUUGGUGUCAGUGGGAGGUAUAGUGCCCCAUCAUUGGUAUCAGUGGGAAAAAUUGUGCCCCAUCAUUAGUGUCAGUGGGAGGAAUAGUGCCCCAUCGUUGGGAGGGAAGAAAUGUGCCCCAUCAUUGGUGUCAGUGGGAAGAAGCGUGCCCCAUCAUUGGUGUCAGUGGGAGGAAUAGUGCCCCAUCAUUGGUGUCAGUGGGAAGAAGCGUGCCCCAUCAUUGGUGUCAGUGGGAGGAAUAG